ACCUGUACAUUUUUUGAAGUGCUUUUUCUCUAAUUUCAAUGAUUUUUUUUUUAUUGAUUGAUUUUUAUUCUGGAUUCUUAUUCGUAUAUGCUUAUGAAAUAAAAAUUUCCUAAUCAUUACAUAUGGGACAGAAUAAAUCACGUCCAACGGGUGUUGAAAAUGCCGGUGGCUAUGGAUUCAGUCAGGAUGGUACAUUCGGUGUUGUUAACGAUAAUAAUGUUUCGAUAAAACCUAAAUUUCGACAUCCAUGGGCUGUUGCCUUUCAUCUAAUAUUCAAGAUUGGUGCAAUAUUUAUCUAUUUAUUUGGUUCAAUAUUUGCACAGGAUUUUCUCGGUGUAUUUGUUAUUCUAGUAUUUUUGAUCUCAUUGGAUUUUUGGCUUGUAAAAAAUAUUACUGGUCGUUUAUUGGUCGGUUUACGUUGGUGGAAUUAUAUCGAUGAUGAUGGACAAUCACAUUGGAUGUUUGAAAAUCGUAAUCAAUCACAAUCGAAAAAUGAUAAUACAAAUGUACAAAAGCCCGGCACUUCUAAUGAUGUCGAAUUUAUAUUAUUUAAUCAACAACAACAGCAGCAGCAACAAUCUAAUGAAUCACAAUCACAAAAGUUAAGUGGUGGUUCGGAUUCUACCGUUUUUUGGAUCGGAUUAUUUUUAUUCACUAUAUUCUGGUUCUUUUCACUUAUUUCAGCAAUAUUUUCAUUCAACAUUCAUUGGGUGCUUUUAGUUGGUAUUGGCUUGGUAUUGAGCGGUUCAAAUUCCUAUGGCUAUAUUCGUUGCCGUUUUGGUGGUGGUGAAACAAAUGCAGCAACAAUGGCCAGUAAUUAUACUAGUUCAAUGUUUAGUCAAUAUGUUGGACCAAAAAUGUUGUUCAAUAUGAUGCGAAAUGCUGCUACAACAUCAACAUCGCAACAACAAUCGAAUUUAACUAACAAUUAAAUUAAAUUUGAUUUGAUAAAUUUUUAAUUUUUGUAUUAAAGAAUAAAAUAUUAUCCCAAUCUUUAU